AUGACAUCAUCCGCGCUGGCCAACCAGUCCAAGACCAUCCAUACGGCGGCAUGUCUGAUCAUUGGCGAUGAAGUUCUCGGUGGAAAGACCAUUGACACAAACUCGGCUUUUUUUGCCAAGUACUGCUUCUCGCUCGGUAUCCAGCUGAAGCGGGUGGAAGUCAUUGCGGACGAUGAGGGCGAGAUCACGGAAGCCGUGAGACGGAUGAGCAACAACUAUGACUUCGUAGUGACCAGUGGAGGCAUUGGACCAACCCACGAUGACAUUACCUACGAAUCGAUAGCCAAAGCCUUCGACCUGAAGCUGAAACUCCACGCCGCCGCCUUCGAGCGCAUGAAGCGACUCUCCAAGCCUCACCCCAUGCAGCCUCACUUCGACUGGGACACCCCGUCGCCGGGCCUAACCGCCAAGCUGCGCAUGGUCUACCUCCCUCACGACGAGAGCCUGCCCGAAGAAACACAAGCCAUCUUCGUCGCAGAGGACAUGUGGGUCCCCAUCUCCGUCGUCAACGGCAACGUGCACAUCCUCCCCGGCGUGCCCCGGCUCUUCGAGCGGCUGCUCCAGCACCUCAAGCCCACCCUGCUGCCGCGCCUGGUCAACCCGGAGGGCAAGGGCAUCUACCGCUACCUGUUCAGCACCCCGCUUCCGGAGAGCGCCGUUGCGCCGUACCUGACCGACCUGGCGUCCCGCGCGACGGUGCACGGCGUCAAGGUGGGCAGUUAUCCGCGCUGGGGCAAGAAGCGGAACACCGUCACCCUUGUCGGGACGGACAAGGCGUUCAUGGACUCCGUGAUUGCGGAGGUGGAGGAGAAUGUCAAGGGGAAGAAGGUGACGCGCGAGGAUGAGCUGGAUCCUGCUGAAGGUGAGGAGUAA